GAGCGGAGCGCAGCGUCACCGCGGCCGGGCAUGUGUGCGGUUUAUCGGGGCGCUCUGUUAUGAAGGGAGACGGCGGAGUUUUACUUCUCUCCGAAAAACCGGUUCGAGUCCAAGGAAGAAGGAACGCCCGUUGAGCUGAACUUUCAGUUUCGAUUAGUAGCCGCACACAAGGCUAGAUUUUCCGUGCGCAGUAGCAUUUUGAGAUCGAUUACGUGCGACUCUUUUUGACUCGGGCUCGGAUUUUGGUUAUGCAUGGUUGUGUUUAGAUACAAGCGAUGAAGUCUGUGCUGUGCGCUUUUGUGACGGCUGUGCUCGCGCUACAGCAGGCCGAGUGUCUCAAGAGGACCUAUUAUAUAGCCAUUAGAGAGGAAGACUGGAAUUACGCACCGAGCGCCAGAAACCUUAUCAAUAACCGAAGCAUUGAGCAAGACGAACAUGCGUCGGUUUUUCUGUCAAGUGGCAAGACCCGGAUAGGGAGUGUUUACAAAAAAGCUUUGUACAGACAGUACACAGAUGGGUCUUAUUCCGAGGAGAUAGCUAAACCUGCCUGGCUCGGCUUCCUCGGACCCAUUUUACGGGCUGAGGUCGGAGAUGUCAUAGAGGUGCACAUGAAGAACUUUGCGACCAGGUCUUAUUCUCUUCACCCUCAUGGAGUCUUCUAUGAGAAGAAUUCAGAAGGAGCGUUGUAUCCAGACGGCACCACUGGUCGUGAUAAGAGAGAUGAUGCGGUGGCUCCAGGUGAGAGCUACACAUACACCUGGCAGGUCAAACCAGAGUACGCUCCUACUGAAGCAGAUGCCAGCUGUCUCACCUGGAUUUACCAUUCACAUGGAGAUGCACCAAAAGACAUUGCAUCAGGGCUUAUAGGAGCUCUGCUCACCUGCAAACAAGGCACUUUGGACUCUAGUCAAAAGCGCUCUGAUGUGGAUGAAGAUGUCAUUUUGAUGUUCAGUGUGGUGGAUGAGAACUUGAGCUGGUACUUGGAGGAGAAUAUUGAAAAGUUCUGCUCUGAUCCAGAUGCAACAAAACAACAUAUGGAAUACGUAGACGAGGAGUUCAGAGAGUCCAACCUCAUGCACUCAAUCAAUGGCUAUGUUUAUGGGAAUUUGCCUGCACUGAAAGUGUGUGUCGGACGUCCCGUGUCUUGGCAUCUCUUCGGCAUUGGUAACGAGGUGGACAUUCAUUCAGCUUAUUUCCAUGGACACACCCUCGUGGAUCGCAUGCACCGCACAGAUGUGCUUAGUCUGUUUCCUGCCACUUUUGUCACCGCAACAAUGAUCCCCAGAACAGAAGGAAAAUGGUUGUUAAGCUGCCAAGUCAACGAUCAUGUAGAAGCAGGUAUGCAGAGUUUCUAUGAGGUCUCGGCCUGUGGGUCCUCAGUCUCUCCAACAGAGGCCCCUGGCAAAGAGAGACAUUUCUACGUCACUGCUGAGGAGAUGGAUUGGGACUACGCCCCUUCAGGGAUGAACUACAUGACAAAUAAACCACUUACUGAGCCAGAGAGUGACUCUGAAUCGUAUUUUAGUCGUGAUGGUGGUAAGCUGGGUGGAAAAUACCUGAAGGCCAGAUACAUUUCAUACACUGACAGCACAUUUACUACCAAAACACAUAUUGCGGGCUCGGAUGAGCAUCUUGGAAUUCUGGGUCCUGUAAUCAGAGCAGAGGCUGGUGAUGUUAUCAUUGUGACAUUCUUUAACAGAGCUACACGUGACUACAGCAUUCAGCCACACGGUCUGCAUUAUGAGAAGACCUAUGAAGGAGCAAAGUAUCAGGAUGGUACUCAGAAAGCUGGAGCCUCUGUGGCUCCUGGUGAAAAGUUCACCUAUCGCUGGAGAGUAAUUGAAGGUCCCUCCAGCAGUGAUCCUCCUUGUAUUUCAUACUUGUACUAUUCUGCUGUUGAUCCGGUUCGGGACACUAACUCUGGUUUAUUUGGGCCCAUACAAGUGUGCAGGAAAGGUGUUCUUGAUGGAAGUGGCCAUCAGUAUGCCAACAAAAUUCAGCACGAGUUUUUUCUGCUGUUCUCUAUCAUGGAUGAGAAUAAAAGCUGGUAUCUGCAAAAGAAUUUGAACAAGUUUGGUAGCCGUGAUUCAGAUCCAGCCAAUGAAGAGUUUCAGGAAAGCAAUAAGAUGCACGCGGUGAAUGGCUACAUGUAUGGAAACCUGCCUGGUCUGGACUUGUGUAAUGGGGAACAUGUUAUGUGGCACAUACUUGGCUUGGGCACUGAGGUGGAUAUCCAUGGGGUCUAUUUCGAGGGUAACACGUUUCAACGAGACGGGAUGAACCGUGACACUCUCAGUGUCUUCCCGCAUACCGCAGUGACUGUUAGCAUGACACCCGACAAUAAUGGCCAGUUUGAGCUGAGCUGUCGUACGGGUGAACACUACCACGCUGGCAUGCGUCAGCAUUAUGAAGUCAAGUCCUGUUCAGCAGUGACUCCAGCAGCAGAACAUUUCACCUCCACAGUGCAGUACUUCAUCGCAGCAGAGGAGGUCGAGUGGAAUUAUGCUCCAGACCGCACAUGGGAACUGGAGAAACACAAAACUACUCUGGAGGACAGCCCUGGAGGAAUUUAUCUUGAACAGUCAACAAAUAGGAUUGGUGCAAAAUAUAAGAAGGUGGUGUUUCGUGAAUAUUUAGAUGAAACCUUUACCAAAAAGAAACACAGACGUCCAGAGGAGGAGCACUUGGAAAUAAUGGGACCCAUCAUUAGAGCUGAGGUUGGUGAGAGGAUUCAAGUUGUGUUUAAAAACAAAGCCAGCAAGCCAUAUUCUGUUCAUGCCCAUGGAGUGAAGACCAGUAAAACCCAUCAGAACGGUGUUCAACCAGGUCAUAUGACGACAUACAGCUGGACCAUUCCAAAACGAUCAGGUCCGGGUCGCAGUGAUCCAAACUGUAUAACGUAUGCCUACUACUCGUCUGUCAGCCUAGUUGAGGACUUGAUGAGCGGUUUGGUGGGUCCACUGAUAGUGUGCCGCAAAAACACCCUGAACACCGACAGACGUAGAAAAGACAUUGAUAAAGAGUUUGCGCUCCUUUUCUUGGUGUUCGAUGAAAAUGAGUCCCACUACCUGGAUGAAAACAUAAAAACGUACCUCAACGCAGACCCAGAAAAAUACGAAGAAAAAUAUGAUGGGGACUUUAUGGAGAGCAACAAAAUGCAUGGUAUUAAUGGAAAGAUGUAUGCUAACCUCCAUGGGUUGAAUAUGACAGAGAAUGACAAGACCGAGUGGUAUUUGAUAGGACUGGGGAAUGAAGUCGACAUGCACACUGUGCAUUUCCAUGCUCAGAGCUUCACUUACAAAACGGAUCAUCCUCAUCGUGCUGAUGUAUACGACCUGUUCCCAGGAACAUUUCAGACCAUAGAGAUGACUGUAGGAAGUCCUGGACAGUGGCUGCUUCACUGCCAUGUGACCGAUCACAUCCAUGCGGGCAUGGAGACGCUUUUCACUGUUCAUCCGAGAGGUUAG